AAGAGACGCACUCACACACAUAAGAGACAAAUAACAAGAAAAAUACAUUUGAAUGCUGUAAAUUUAGGCUGCUUUGGAAAAACUAUUGCUACAAAUAACCUUAUGUAUGCAUUUAACCAGUUAAGUGAUUCAUUAAAAGAAUUUUUUUGAGACAGUGUCUCAUAUAGUCUAGGCUAGCUUCGAACUCCUAUAGUUUAACCUUACCUUGAACCUUACCACAUGCGAGGAUUAUAGGCUGAUAUUAAAUAAUAAAAGAAAUAAUAUCAGAGUUGAGUUUUUUACAACUCAUUCUUGGUAAAAAUUUAAUUUGUGAAAGUCACCAGGCUUAGGAGGCCAAUUGUGGCUAAUGUCUCAGUUCUGUUUUCUGUGAAGCUGGGACCAGCCAUAGUGCCUGGCAUGUGCCAGCCAAGCAUUCUACCUGCCUGUAACUCCAGCCCUUGCCUAUGGUGUCUGAUCUUUCCUCGGAGGUGCGUUGCAACUGAUGGAGACUUGUUGCCACAGUAGGUGCACACUUAAGGAGCAAACCGUCCUUAACUAGAAAUGACUAUGAGCAUUUUUAAAAGGCUUUGAACACAUACUGUAGAGCUGUAAGAACUGUAUUUCAUCCCAGAGGAAGUUAUCUCUGCUCUCUGAACAAGGCAUUGGGUCUGAGGACGGAGCUCAGAGUGCUGGCCUAGCCUACUGGUGCCCUGGUUCCACCUCAGACGGUGCACAAACCAGGUGUGGCAGUCAUGCCUGGAAUCCCACAUUAGGAGGUAGAGGAGGGAUCAGGCUCAUCUUUCAUUACAUGGUGAGAGUGAGGCCAGCCUGGGCCACGUGGCAUCCUCUGUCAAAACAAGAACGUCAACGAAGCCAAACAAAGAUCAUGGCAUUCCAUUGCAUUGGCUGCUGAAUAGAACUUUUGAAAUCAUGGAACCACAUAGGCUGUAUUAGCUAAUAAAACUGGUCACACAGUGGCUGAGCACGGGAAAUGUGGCUAGUGAGAACAAGCAGCAGAAUUUAAGAUUUUAUUUCACUUUAAUGAACUCUCACACUCUACAGGGAGGUGUCAGUGUAGAGCCCAGAAGAAUUUAGAGUGCCUCCCUUCUUGGGGUAAUGAGAAUAUUUCAGCAUUUUUGGGAUUGUCAGUAUAUUAGUCUUGUUAGGGUAGUCUGUGAUUGUAUGAUUGCAUAGUAGUGAUGUUAAUGAGGGUGAAGAUAGGCUUACAAAUCAGAUAAUUGAAUGUUUGCAAUUAUAAUGCCUCAGAACAAAAUUCCGUUUGAUCACUCACAUCAGAGAUUGCCAGCCUCCAACAUCUGGAAGCAUCCCUUCGUUAAUUCCUUUGUAGCUCAGCGAAGGUUGCUUUGUCACACCUCUAUCCUUUCCAGCCUUGGAGAGGAGUUCUCACCAUGUAAAGAAUUCAGCAUUUUGGUCAAGCUUCGCAGCAAGGAGCAAUGAUGAUAGGACACUAAAAUGGACUUUGUGGGCUAGCAGGCUUCCUGUGAAGUCAGUGUGUGCUGUGCAGCUAGGCCCUGCAGAACUGUGUUGACGGAGCUCCUGCCUGAGGAGGUGCAUCAGGUAAUUUGGUGGUAAUGAAGCCGUGUUUCAUUUCAAAUGAGAUCACAUCAGCUAUGGCUGGUGGGCACUGCUUAUAAUGUGCUUUCAUCUCACCUUUUACGAGGCACUGAAGUCUGAUGAUUUGAAUCUGUUCUUUAUGCUGAUGAAAAGGGCUGCGAGGUUGAGCCACUGGCGGUGGUGGAGCUCUGAAGCCAGCAGAGAGGGCCUCCAGGUGGUGGUAGGGUUUGGAUGUUAGCCACUGAGCUGAUGGACGGGUCUGCAGCCCUCUCAUGUAGCAGUGCUAGCGCAGACACUUCUCUGUGGACGGGGUUGCACUGCUCACAUUGGCAGCAGGCACUCCAGCCAGGUGCAGUAGGUGCCUCCUCCUUGGUAAGCCUGGGGUCUAGAGUUUGGCUUUCAAGGUUUUUUUCCCCCUUUCUUCCUUCCUCUUAAAGAGCUUGUUUCUCCAAGCACAGGGCAUGAAUAGGCAAACAAAAUUACUUUCCUAUUGUAAAUUUUUUCCCUCUUAGUCUCUCUUGACUCUUCUGCUGUAUACUACCCUUAAGAGCUGCUCUCUUCUUGAAAGAUCUUCCUUUUGAUAGGAACUUUGCUGAUUGUUGAGAAUAUCUUCAAGUAAGAGAUGUACCCCAUGGACGACCUUGGGCACAUCAGAUUGAAGAGGCCUUCGAAUGGACUGAACCCUGUUAGACUUUAUCUUUUGCAGUCAGUUAAGGGAAAGGGAACUUCUGUCCUGAGGGAGGUGCUUUUCUGCACACUCUGGCUUGUGGCCACUGUGACUGCCUCGGAGAGAACCUUCUUGCUGUGUAAGUAGAAGUGUUCCACCAGGAAGGUGUUCAAAACUACCUCUCUCUUUGUAGAUUCACACGCGUGUGAUCACCCGUCCCAUACGUACUAUGUUCAUAAUGACCCUUGAUUUCUUUAUUAAAGUAGUUAGAUUUUUUGGUAUGUUGUGUAUGUUACAUGUUGUGUAGAUUCAUAUGUGUACAUGUGCUCUAUUUAUGGAGGCAGAGUCUCUGGCUUGACAUGGUGGUUGCUAAUCUGGCUAGUGUGUCUAGCCAGCUUGCCCUAGAAUCCCUCUGUCUCUGUUUCUCUGCUUACUGAGUGCUGGGAUUACGGGCAGGCUGUCACACCCAUCCAGCUUUGACAUGGGUUCUGUGGAUUUGAACUCUGGUCCUUAUGAGCUUCUGAGACAAGAGCUUUAUCCACUGAGCCAACUCCCCAGCCUCAACCCCUUUUUAAAGAGGAAAAAAAUAGCAUAAGGGUAAAUCCAUACCAAAGACAGGGAUCCAGUUCAGAGCAAAUUGUUACUUCAUGUUUUCGUAUGCCAUAACUAGUUCUACAGUCAGCCAUAUCUAUUGCUUGCACUAUGGAAUCUUCUGGCUGCAGAGGGUGAUUUCAUGGUGGUUGCGGAUAUCCUAGCUUGCUAUUUUGUAUCACUGGUCAUGCUUUUAAGGCUCAAAAACAAGAUAAUUUAAGUCUGUUUUGAGACACAUGGAAAGGAAACGAUUUCAUAACUAUCAGUCACGUGAAACUUGGCAGGCCCUAAGCUCAUUAGUGGUCACAGUCACAGGAUUGAUUGCCAGUUGGGGACCCAUGGUUAGCUUAUUGCAGAACUGCAUCUGGCACAAUUGCUGUUGUCACCCACCCUGUGCUGCCAACUUCCUUCCAGUAACAACAGCUUCUUGCUUUCCUUGUGUAGAAUUAACUACAGUUUAAUGAUGCAACCAACACCCCCACCCCAGGACCAGGCUGGGGUUGAACCCCAGAGCCUUGUGUGGUGCAAGGCAAGUGCUUCACCAGUGAGCGAGUUAGUCUUAGAUCCUGAACUCGAAGAUCUCUCCCUUCCCCUCACCCCCAUAUUUGGGGAAUUUGUGGGUUUCUUCUUACCACGUAGAUUAGGAGGAAGACAGAAAGACUGUCCUAAAUCAUGGCAAUUAUUUUGUGCUUCCUUUCUAAGAGAAAUUACAGGACUAGGUGGGCCUCUAAAAUGUGUGCAGUAAUGAGCAUAUCGAAUAAUACGAAUGCUAAAUGGUGGUUGUUGGGUUCAUGGGAGCUGGUGUGCUGCUUCCUGUGGAGGAUGCUAGAAGGAGGCUUUUGAAGUGGAAUGGGGGUGUAGUAGAAAGGGGCGUCCUGCAAACUCGUCUUGCUGAAAACUUCUUUUCUACUUUCUACAGAUACCUAGAGCUUAGGGGUUUACUCCUCUUUAUGAGAAAAUCAGAAGGGGCAUUUUGGCUUCUGAGAUUCCCUGAGUUUCUGUAGCUUACCUAAAGAUAAAGUAUCAUUGUUCUCAUUAGACUAAUUAACCCUUCUUUUAUUAGAGCUUUUUUUCUUUAAAGGAUAAUUUACCAUUAUAUUAUUUUAUUAAAAGUAACACAACCAACAUACAGAAAUUUAUUUUACAAUUUCAAUAAAAGUGUCCCUUGUGUAGUUUUGAGUAUAUAAAUUACAUUUCAGGUUUAUAAAAGAUUUACAUAAUUGCUCGUGGAUAUAAAAGAAAAAAUUGGAAUCUAUUCCUGUUUCCCUGGGCUCCUCAGCUGCUGUGUUCCUAGGGUAUCCCUGCUGGUGUUGGAGGCUGGGAUACUGGGAUGAGUUGGGGGUGGGAGAGGUUGGAGGAGAAGAUCUUUGUGAACCACUGGGGAUGGAGUCAGAGAGGAAAGGAGACCAUAGCAGGUGUUAUGCUAUGGGGCUGGGGAUGGAACUGGGGAGAUUGGGACUGGAGGAGCGGAAGGAGAGGAAAAGAUCUGCAGUCAGUCUGCCCGCUUUCCUGGCCCACUAGCCAGGUUAGCAGGGAGUUCCUGCUGGGAUAAAGCUCCAAGUGCAGGAGAGAGGUUAGGAGGGAACAUCUAUGGGAUCCACAAGAGAUGGGGGCAGGCAGGCAGGCAGGGUGGGGGUGGCAGUCAGUCAGGGUUGGGGGUGGCAGGCAGGAGGGGCAGGAGGGCAGGAGGGCAGAGUCAGGGAAGGCUGCCCCAGGGGUUCUGUGGCAGAGCUUGAGGGUGAGACUGAGGGGUUGGAUCUGGAGGAACAGAUGUGAAGUGAAGACGCCCAGUAAGAGGUUUUGCUGAUUACUUUGUCUUCUAAAGGAAGUUUUAACUUUUCUAUAAUGAACAAAAUUAAAAUAGUUCACUUAUUUUCAUUUUAGCCAAGCAAAAGCUAGCUAAUUCUGUCGUCAGAUUUAUUAUAAACCACGUGUUCAUUUUCACCUUUUCCUUAUUUCUUUAAGUCCCGUUUGGGGUUCUGAGUCCCCCUGUUGUCUGAAUGCUGAUGGCAUGUAAGUCGGACCCUCCAAGGGUAGAGUAUUUGUCAUUUUGUGCAGUGCACUCACGUGAGGAACCAGGCCUUGCUGCCUCCUUUCACAGUGCCUUGGUCUUUAGGUAUCUUCCCUUUGUGAGAAAAUCAGACCAGGUGACCACGAAGUAUUCUUCCAGACCUCUGGGAAUGGCCAGUGCAUGGCUUCACCUGUGCUAAGAUAUCAGCUAUUCUUAUGGCUCCAGUGUGCUUGUAGACACAAAUACUUACAUGCACACUUGCCAUUUUUCUUUGCCAUGUAAUUCUGCCCUAUUAACUUCUUAUUGGAAGAAUGCCAACCAGUUACUUGGUAAACUGAUUAUAUGUCCAGGAGUAGGUUUAAGAAACUACUGCAUAGCAACCUGGACCACGUUUGUGUCUCUACAGAGGCAGUCCAGCUGUCACACAUUGCUGCGUGUAAGCCCUUCUCUUUUCUAGAUUUUGGGUUCCAGCUCUUAAGAUGCCCUUGUUUGAUGAACUGUCCAAGAACUGUCCCUGGAUUUUUGGUACUCAUAGUAAUGAAGACGUGCUCCUGACUGGGAGCCAGAGCUGGGCCAGGACCGCUGUCUGCUGGCCUUGUUUGCUUGUUUGUUACAAACAUUCUUGCCCUGCCCACGUAUACAAGUUCAUGUGCUCCAGGACAGUUCAUGGUUCCCGUGGCCAUCAAUCACGGUGAGCAAAACAAGAGAGUGCUCUCAGGUGAACUUUGUAGAGACUUGUCCUGGCCUCGAGGACUGUAACAAUGUAUCUACCCAGGCUGUUUCUCAGAGCUCCCCUCCCCCCCUUUAGUGCUCAGUCCUGUGUGAUCCUUGGCAGCCUGGUAUAAUGGGAUGCUCCCUAGGCCUUUAGAGUUCAGGUCGUGAGCUCCUCUGGCCUUUUGCACUUGAGCACACAUGAGCAGAGAUGAAGUGACAGUCCUCGGGAGAGAGCUGUGUGUUAUUCCCUUAUGGUUUUUAAUGUCUUGAGCCAGGUAGCUUGAAGUUAGAGCUAAGCUAGGUUGUUUUGAGGUUCAGAAUGGUUUAGGAAAGGUAUGUACGUUCUCAGUUCUGGUCCCACAUCAAGACAGUGCUUAGCUCUUUGGGAACAUGACAAGUCCUUUGAAAACAAGAAUCUAACUUUCCUGGAGUUAUACUGUCCUGGGUAGUUUUGAGUCAAUGAUAAUCUUAGAGACUGAAAUUACUUUUAAAUAUUUGUUGUACUGGAAAGAAGUUGUAGUGGGCAAAAUAAUUAAUGGUAUGGUCUCUAUUUGCAGAUGUUACAUCUGAGUUAGAAAACAGAAUCUGUAGACAUAAAGUUACCUAGGCCAGUGAUGAAAUCGCACACAGAGCAAGUGCAAUGUCAGUGUACUGUAGAUAAGGGGACUUAGAAGUGGCGGAGUCACCCAACACCUAACACUUGAUCGGCUAAAACAAAAUAGCAAAAUGAAACGGAAUGGCCAUGGUUGUUGUAAGCAGGUGCUUUAGGAAACCUGGUAUAUCCUAAACAUAGGAGAAGUUGCACUUUCUUUAUCUUUUAAAGAUAGUCUGGAUCUUACAUCUUUUUAAAAAUUAUUGUGUUAGGAAUUUGUUCUUGAAGUCAGGAGUAAGUGGUCUUUAGAUGAUGUAGGGGCACGGGGAGAAAGCCUCCCUUGCGUGACCGUAUUCUGUGAGGAAGACGGUGUGGAAGCAUCCCGGAGUGGUGUCUACCACACAAGGCAGACUCUUCCUUAUUUUGAAGUACAUAGCUAUCAAUUAAAGCUUCCUAGUCCAAGUUAACAGAUGGCCGUUUAGCUUUGAAACAAAGAUGGGAACACCAUGCACUUAAUUCAUGAGCGCACCCUCCCUUCCUGGAACAAAAACUUUGGCCUCCUAUGUGGUUGUCCACGAGGGAAUUAGUGAAUUCUUUUCUGCGAUCUCAUGGAGAAAGGGUCUCACUAUAGAAAUAUUUGACUUGAAUACUUAAAAAAAAAUGCUUGUGUGAACAUUUGGUGGCCAGAGAGCAGGUGGAGCGGGUCCAUUCUCUCCUACCAUGGUAGUCUCUGGAGUUGAACUCGGGGUAUCAGGUAUGGCUGCAAGUGCCUUUGCCACAUUUUCCUAUCUCAUUGGGACAAAACAGGGAUAAAUGAAGAACCCCUGGCACAUACUUGUCUGCUCCUCCUCUCAUAAUCACGGCCAUGCUUUCCUUACUGUUUUUGCUCAAUCUGUUCAGUCUUACUUGUAUGUCUGUGAGUUUUGGGCUGACCACUUGGUAUUGGAUAACCUGUUAGGGCUCAUCCUUGAGGAGGAUUAUUUCUGUCACUGGCAGCAUUAUUUCUUAGUUGCCCGUAGGUUUUGGUCUAUGGCCCUAUGAGAUUUCUCCCUUCCAUAUAGCCUGUCUAUUGGUGUUGUACCUGUCCUGGUCUUGUUUAGGCGGCCAUAUUGUUGUGGUAUCAUGGGUAAAAUUCUACAGCAUGAGCAUGCUAAGCUGCCUAGCAGUUGCAGUUCAUGAAGGUAGACUGAAAUGAAACUUGGGCAGAAGGGAGGGAUUGAGUUCUCCAUGAAGUGUCAUGUUUUGGCUUUGAAGCAGAGUAGUGCCCCCAAACAGAGAAGUGGGAUAAAUUCUCAAAGUAAAGCUCAUAUUUUAAAGUUUCCAACAGUUUUUUUUACAUAAUUUAAAUUUGUUUGGAUUAAUUUUUAUAAAAAAUUUAUUCUUUGGGUUAGGGAGCUGUCUCAGUGGAUAAAGCCCUCCUCAUGCAAACUCUGGUUCCUGCAGAUGCUUGCCUAGCACCCAUGGUGGGUGUUACACAGGGCCUCCCUCCCGUCAUAGCACCCGGGAGGUGGAUCCCUAGAGCAAGCUGCUAGAUUAGUGGCCAUAGAGCCAAUGAGAGACCUCACCUCAGUGAAGACAGAGGGAGGCUCCUGAUGUUGGCUGUGUGCACAUGCAUGCAUGUACUACAUACCUGCCCCCCACUGAUGUACUCACACGCACCCCUAACACACACGUGAGCUCACCACUGACAACUUGUUUCUUCAGCUUUUAAAAUGUCCCUUCCUUUCGGUUUAUGCUAUGUAGAAAUAGCUAUUUUAUAUGGUACAAGUGUCUGUGGAGUCUUGGAGUUCAGGAGGCUCUUGGAGAUGCUGCCGUCAAUGGAAUGAGGCCUCUGUACCUAUUGGAGGUGGGAUAGCACUUGACCAGUGUACUCAUGUGCGCCAUGUUCCAGUCUCAGAGUGUGAAAAAGCCCACCUCUGCCUUUCAUUCUAGCACAUUUAAAAUGAGAAGGCUUCCUGCUGAGCAAAUGUAUAGAAGUAUUUGGCUUGCUUUGGAUGAAAACAUUGGCCACAGCUGAGGGAAGCGUGCGCUGAACACUUAAGCCUUUAAUGGUAGAUCUCCGCUGGCACCAUCAGGGAGGCUUCCUUAUUUUCAUUGAUUUGAGGGGCAUUCCUGAAACAGGAGUUGUGUUGGGGGUAGCAUCAGGUCCUGCCAAGCAGCUUUUUGAAGAAGACUCACAUGAUUUUGAUGGUCCGGUGCUCAUUUGACCCGAGUUGGCUUCGGCACAGGUGGUGACGGUCUCUCUUUAGUUUUUGUUCUGCUAAUGUGUGACAUAGGUAGUGAUUCAGGCUCACUUGCAGAAAAGUCAGCAUUUUCUAGGUUUGAGGGGAGAAAUUGGUCUAUGUGGGUUGACCAGUUUGCACCUUGCUAAGCCAUUAUCAUUUCAGAAUUGGGAAGACAUGGCCUUAAAAAUAGGAAUUUGUGGAUUCUUGUAAGGUCUGGGCAGAAGUCAUGCUGUCAGCACAGAACCUGCGCUGAGGCCACAUUGUCUUCUGUCGUGUGUGCGUGUGUGUGUGCGUGUGUGUGUGCGUGUGUGUGUGUGUGUGUGUGUGCGUGCGUGCGUGUGUGUGUGUGCGUGCGUGCGUGUGUGUGUGUGUGUGUUGGCAGAGUUUCUGGGGGCUCCCUGCAGGGUCCUCUUGCCUGUUAGCAUCCUGACAGGUUGGAGAGCUUGUGGAGAUCUAGAGCCCCUGGGUUUUUGCUAAAUUAGAUGGAGGACUGAGUAGGAGAAGCCAGCCAAUGGGAAGUGAAUUAGUAAAAGGCUUUGGAUAAUUGGAAAGAAUCAAGGCGGCUCCUUUUGUUUUCUAACACGAAGGACAGAAGUAUCUGGGUUUACUCUUGUGUUGCCAGCUUUUGGGGGUCUCACUUGGUGCUUGGGUUCGCCACACUGAAUUCGUGGAGGUAGUAAGUAAUUCCUAGAAAGCCAUACCUGGGAAACUGCCAGUGCCCUUUAAGGAAGGUGCUGGGUGUGGGGCGGAGCCAGGCCGGCUUCUGAGUGCUCCUUUCUUGUUUGGCCAGUCCUACUUGCCAAGAUGGUAUUGUUCCUGGAAGUGACUAGCAUGGAGGCAGAGAACGGCUCCUGCAGUCACUCCUCUUCAUUGCCUGUAGCUGUGCUGAGGAGAGUGUGCAGGGCAAUGAACAGACUCAAAGCAGAAACCAAAGCUCCUUCACACAGUGCUCCAACCUCACCCUCGGUCCCCAAUGUCCCUGACCAGCGCUCUCAGUCACCCAGGGCUUUAGGGAGGAGAUGCACGGGUGACUCUUGGACAUUUGACGUAGCCCAGUGGUAACCAUCUUGGGUGUUCUCAGGUUGAAAGCUUUAUUUCACAUCUCUGAAAUUGGGACUGUCAUUAGCCUAAGGGGGAAGGAAGCUGUGUGUCUGGAGCUCAUUCUGGGCUGGAGCUGAGAGUUCAGUUCUCACCGUAACUGCAUAGACAUGCUGGCACAUUGUGGCUUCAGAGUUGACAUUCAUUUAAGUAAAAACCUGUUCAUGCCCAAAGAGCACGUAGGUUGUGGCCCCAUUGUUUGAACUUGUUCAGGACAUUUCAUAAGUGUAAACUCUGCAUAUACUUGCUAUCAUUUAGAGUUCUCAAAUCUAGAUGUUGCACUCUCUGAAGGGCCUGACUCGCUGUUGUGAUCAUAGCUCACUGGCCAUUUAUGUCGGUUAAGAACUCCACUGCUCAAGUUGCUUCCCCCGGCUUGGGAAUCAUUAAUGUUCCUUUGAAAACGAAUGAGUUGAUCAUCGGGGUCAUUUGAGUCAAAAAUUUAUUUAUUUAAAACUUGAUAUGCAAAGAUUGUAAUCUGUGGCUCAUUCGCUCUGUUUCUGAAGAGUUAUCUGGCCUGUUUACUCUUGUAUCCUUUUAGGAUUGGCUGAGACCUUGAACCUUACUAGCACUUGGAGGCUGCACAAAGUAAGGAUUUGAGCCCCGUUUGGGUUCUCCUAAUGUGGCAAUCAUGAAAACUUGCCUCUGUUCUGCCUUUCUUCUCAGGUUGGGGUAGUUAUUUCCCCAUCAAUCAGAAAUUAAACUUGCUGCCUUUUUUCCUCUCUUGUUGGCAUUUGAAUUUUAUUGGUUUUUGCCCUUAAUUUUUUCCUUCUUCUGUACCCUCCUCUUCCUCUUUUCAGCUGUGAGGUUGGACCUAGGUCUUACAUGCUAGGCAAGCACUCUACCACUGAGCAUAUCGAAGUGUUUCCCUUCUCUUCACAUUGUAUGAAAGUUAUUGAUCCAGAUCUAGAAUUCUGAGGCCUGGAGGUAUCUUCGCUUAUUGAGCGUGUGUACACAGAGACUCUUGAGGUCCCCCCACCCCACAGACAGAGCAUUGCUACUGUGUGCUCUCCACCGAGGUUCCUGCCUGCCAGCCAGCUCCUCUAUUUUGAGCUUUGUAUUUCAUAGGUUAAAAAUCCUAAGGUAUGGGGCUGGUGAGGAAGCACAGUGGUUAAGAAUGUUUGCUGCUCUUUCAGGGACCCAGGCUCACCCACAUAUGGAGUUGGUUGUGGGAUGGGUGACCCCCAGGGACUGGGUUGGUGAGGAACAGGAGAUGAGUUUCUCGUUCUUUCCUUUCUUGUCAUUAUUCCUCAGAGGAAUUAGGUUAGGACAUUAACUUCCUAGGCUUCAGAGACCUGGUUCAAAGUGGUAGUUAAUGCUGACCACCUGAUUGGCUGGGAAGAGUCUCUGUUCUGUUUAGUGUCACCCUAAACAUCAUGGCUUGGUGCAGUUAACUGUUAACUUGUGGCACAUAGUUUAUGGCUGUGAAUAUUUCUUGAGUGCAUUUGAUGCUUUGGUUCUAGUUCAUCUUAGAACAGUUCAUAGUUGCAUGUAAGAUGUUGCUAUAUAUCACGGGUACCUGUGACCUCUUUAAUAGUUCAAUAACGGGACUCACCAUUCACUAAGAUUGUAUGGAUUAAUUGCUAUUUGAGGUAGUUUUAUGUAUGGGCAUUCUUUUCUGUACAUUUAUAUGAAUUAAUAUGAAGAUAGGUUCAAUUUUUCCUUUUAUAAACUUUUUUUUCUUGCACAAAAAUUAUCUUGAAUAAGCUAAGCUUUAUUCUUGCCUGUACUUAUCAUCUCCUUUCCAUGGAUAAGUAGUAUUCCUUGUUAUUUGUGAGGGUAACGUAACAACACAGCUGUUGAAUGGUUGGCAUUUCUGCUUCUGGUGAAAUGCUAUUUGUGCAGGUUUAUCCGUUCCAGAUGUGUGACUAGCAAGCGCCAUUUCUAAUUAUAAGAGCAGCCAAAUUCCAUUAUGAGCACACCAUGGGAUUCUUGGGCUAAGAGGCAUCCUGAGAGGACAUAGUUCACUGUCUAGCCUUUCAUCAGGGCCACACUUCAGAAACCACUCCAGCACUGGGCAAAACAGAGGAACGGUCCCCUCAUGUAGAGAUCAAACUUGAGUUAUUGGAAUUACAACCAGAGAGAGAAAGACACACUUCCCUCUGCUCUGUUUUCUCCUGACAUGGCAAAGCAGAUUUAGGGCAAGAAAAGUUUGACUUCACUGGCUGGACUUUUAGGUCUCUGCCUAGAACUUUGAAUGCUUUUUGCUGAAGUGUUCUGUGCUAAUGUAGAAAGGGUGGGGGACUUGGUAGGAAAUACCAGCUUCUCAAGCAGGAUGUAACUAGCCCUCCAGCUCCUUGUUUAGAAGUGAGGUGACAAGUCUGUGACAGCUGGAUUCCACUGGACUGUCGUAAUUCUUUCUGAAACCUAAUACGGUAUGAGAUAUUUCAUUAUAUGUGUAUUUCUGGCAAUGUGCUUAAAUGAUAAAAUACAUAAGAAACUAGGCAUGCUAUUAGGGCUGAGGAAUUGACAAACGUCAUGAGCUUAUACAGAUAAAUGGAUGUUUCUGAAUAAAGACAUGAUCCUUUAACUUGACCUUGAGCCUUCGGUUUCAUUUUGUCUUGUACAAGAUCUCAGUGGUAGAACUCCAGCAUCAUGAGAAAGGACCUUAGGCUUGGAGUACCACACGGGAUGUACAUCAACACACUGGUUGGUCCUUGCUCUGAUUUUCAGGGGUGAUAGAGAGUCAUCCAGACGGCUCUGUCUCACCUAGCAGUGGGUUUGUGCAGCUGCCCAACAGUGGUGAACUUGGGCACUACUGUGCUUCUGUACCAUGCAGAAAGUAGGGACGCUUGCUUCUCAUUCCAGCGGAACCUGCAUGCCUGAGUGUACAACACACACACACACACACACACACACACACACACACGCACGCACGCACGCACGCACGCACGCACAGUGUAAUAAAAAAAGUUUUAGAAGAGACAGAGGUGAGUAAGUAAAAUAGUACGAGCAACGUCCUAGAUUCCUGAAGCAGAUCCACGCAGAGCACGGUAAGUGCUGGGUAAUCUGGAGACUGAAGUGGAAGGAAAAAUGCAAACGUUAGUUUGAUGACUUCCAUAAGUCAGCAUUACCAUGACUUUGGGAGGUGGCCUUAUUACACUAGACAUUAACAAACAGAAGACCAGGGGCACAGAUACCAUGUUUUGGAUAGAUUAAAUCUAUGUGUCUCUUUGUGAAGUUAAAACAGAGGCAGCUCUUUGGAUGCACACAUUUGGCUGACUCUGUCUCUCAAGCAUUAUGAUCUUUUGUUUUUUUAGAGUAAGAAAGUUGUUCAGCUUCUUUAUAAAAGUAUUUUGGAUUAGAGGUGUGUGUGUGUGUGUGUGUGUGUGUGUGUGUGUGUGUGUGUGUAGGGGGGAGCAGGGGUGCCGAUUCCAGUGGCUGCUCGUUACUUGGGAAGGGUCAGGAUCUGCAAAGGCUCUAGGACAGUUAGGAAGGAGUGUGUGCAGAGGGGUAAGAGGUGGAGUCUGACUUUACCAUGAAAACACUCUUAAUAUUCUUCUCAUGGAGACGAUUUUUUUGAGGGUUGGAAGGGUUAAAUAGGCCAGGCAGUAGUGCACCUAUGGGUAGAAGAACUGAGGAACAUUCCAGUUCAUGCUUAAGGAGAAAAGAUGACUUGGUAAGGCUUGUCUUUUUUUAAAGAUUUACUUAUUUUAUGUAUUGAAGUUUUGAAGUUUUUGCCUGCAUUUAUGUCCUUGUACCACAUAUGUGUAAUGCCUGCAGAAGCCAGCAGAGGGUGUCAGAACUCCAAUUCCACAUGGUUCUGACCUACCAUGUGGGUGCUAGGAAUUGAGGCUGAAUCCUCUAGAAGAACAGCCAGUGUUCUGACCUAAUGAGAUUGGAACCAGCCUCAGCUUCAUUUUUGCUUAAAUAAAACUUUAUUUUUGUCCUUUAUUUAUUUUUAAGUGUGCAUGUAAUGUGCAUGUGUGGAUACACCUGUGUACAGGUGUGUGCAGCCCAGAGGAUGCCAUCUGGUGUCUUCAGUCUCUAUCCACUUUAUUUCCUGAGGCAGGAUCUCUUGCAGAACCGGCACUUGGUGCUCGAUGACUUAUGUAGUCCAUCUACCUGUUUGCCCUGGUGUCUCUCAUCUCCAUCCCCAGAGCUCUGGGAUUAAGGUUGGGCCACUCUGCUCCUGUCAGGCUUUUGAUGUGGUUGCUGGGAUCUGAACCCUGGUCUUCAUUCUUGUGAAGCAGGUGCUUGUUGCACCGAGCCAUGUCCCUAAAUGGAACCUCUGUAGUGUAUGAGGUGGAGUGAUUGUCUGCACUAGGUUAGGUGGUUUCCAGUCACCUGUAACUCCAGCUCCACAGGAUUCACCUACCCUCACUUCCCAAGUAAAUUAAAUCUUAGAAAAGCAAGAGGCCAUUUAUGGAGAAUCUGUGAUUCCAGUUACCCUGUUUGGUUUUUAAUCUUAUAUGUUGUUUUCUUGCAUAAUAUAUAAUUUGGUUAUUACUUUAAUUCUGUCCUCAUACUAGAAUAGCACUCCAUAAGAAUGGGGCUUGGUCCUUUCUUCAGUGUCUAUCCGGGCACUGGUCCACAGUAGGUGUCAUGCAGUUCGUCCAGUGAUUCAGUGAGUCAGUGUGUUGCAUGUACAGGGUGCUGCAGGGAGAUGAGAGCAGUCUUAGAUCGUGUCCUCAGCCUUGAGCAAGUCACUGGGUGUCCUUGAAUACCAUGGGUCGCCUCACUUGGUCCUGUGAGGUGGGCUUUAUAACCUGGAAUGAGAAGAUGGGGCAUACAGCCUUGGUUUAGGUGUGUGGCUUCAUUUGGUGUUUAUGGGCAAUUGGAAGUGGCGUUUAAGUACUUAGGGGAAUUCAUAGAAGAGAUUUGCAUUUUCUUUCGAGGAACCGAGAGCCCUGGCUGUGGGACUUGCCUUCAUGUUAGUGAAGGCGCAGAGCUGGUGGUGUGCUCAGAGUGUCUCAACCCCACCUCUCGCUGCUUACUCUGGAAUACUGAAGGAGGUGUACUUUCGCCGUCAUGUAAUAGUGUGAUUAAAUGACUAUGGGGAAUGGUCUCUCUGUAGCCAUGUUUGAGAAAGGUAAGGUUGUGUUGACAGUCCCUGUCUGUUGGUCCUCGCAGGCACUUGAACACCAUAGCCCCUGCUUUGCUUGUGUCUUAGAUAAAUAGCCCUCCAUUCCUUUUGGAGUUUUGAUUUUGAUUGCUGACAGUUGCAAAAGGGAAGAGAGAGUCACCUAAAGGAAACAAAGGAAGCAACCCCAGUGCUCUGUCUGGACUGCAAACGGGAAGAGUCUUCCUUGUUAACUGUGAUGAGUGUGGGUGUUAAAAGGGCGUGGCCAUAUUGGUUGGCAGCCAGAUAUAACAUUGCAAAUGUAUAUCAUAACAUUGUGAAGGCACUAAAGAUGUAACAUAUAUCUCUUGUCAGACAAUCAGCGUUUCUAUUUGUAAUGAUGCUAUAAAAUGCAAAAGAUUAAGAACGCUUGCUUAGGAAAGUGAAACUUAAUCAGGACGAAUAGUACAUUUGUUAUUACCUUGAAAUCUUAAAAUUUGGAGUUGACUUUUCCUGUCUGUAUUAAUGGCAGCACUGCCUAGGGUGUGUUGGAUGGGGAGUUAGUUUCAAACUAUGCUGAGGUAGAAAGGCAGCUUACACGUUGGUAAUAAGUGGGUGAAUAAGCACUACGACAAUUCUUUAGCCUCAUGAAAUGCUCAUUUAAUCAUGGGCUUAGCCAAGAGAGCCAAUUUUAUUUGACUCUACCUGAAAAUUGAGCAAAAUUCUUACUUGAAGGGAUUAUAUAAGUGAUGUGCUAAUAGCAUAUUAUGUGUUCUUAUAAUCUCUGUAAAAUUGAGAUUUUAUUAGGAAACUUGAGAUUUAGAAUUGUUCUAGAUCCCCGUUUCCCAGAGCAUUCUCCAGCGAACCUAGGACUUGAGAAAAGCAUAUAUUCAGCAGUGUUCAGUCCUGUGGUAGUUCUGUGUGGGUUGCUGGUUUGAGGUCAUGUGUUCUAGAACCUUCCUCAUUUACCUCUCGGCUCCCUUGCUGCAGGAGUUCCCGUUUCUGUAGGAUGUAGCAUGGCAUUUGUCCCAUGGCACAGUAGCAGUUCUCUCCUAGACAGAUUCAGGAGAAAAAGACCCUGCAUGUACUUGUGUGCCAUUUAGUUUGUUUUCCUUAAUUUCUUUUUGUUUUGUUUGUUUUUUCGAGACCAGGUUUCUCUGUGUAGCCCUGGCUGUCCUGGAACUGUAGGCCUCAAUCACAGAGAUCCACCUGCCUCUGCUUCCCAAGUGCGGUGCUCCCACCAUCACCUCCUGGCAGUUGUUCUUACGUUUAACCUAGGUAUACAGUGACAUUUCUUUUACAGUACUUUCAGGGCUAUAAUUUUGGUGAUAUGAUUAAAUUAGCAUAGAAUUCAGACAGAAUGGAGAAAAUAAUUAUUGAGCCUUUAGUUGGGGUCUGGAAGAUAGUAUGUUGAAAGAAAUUGUUACCCUUCAGCCCGUAUGUGGGGUACCUAGCUUACAGUGGCUGUGUUCCAAGCUGCCAGACUAGCGGUGGCUGGCUCCUGCUCCUCCAGGGAACUGCUGUCUCAGGUAAACUGACUGACCAUGGUAGCAUUCUGCCUGCAGGAGCUGGUAUGGUAGGCAGAGACAGUGGGGCAUUAUUUGGGGAGUUCGACCCAGUCUAUUUUGGAGCGGGUGUCAUAAAGAGUUCCUAACUUGUUCUGGGAAAAAGACAAACUUUGUAGACUUAGAUGGAGACUGUGUUUAUAAAUGCAAAGUCAUCUGAGAAGCAAGAGUGCCUUUCCUUGUCGUUUGGACCCUGAAAAAUAAGAAACAGAAUACAGAUGAUCCCAAAGGGGCUGCUGAUUAAAAAAUAUUUUAAAAAUUUCCAUUGCAAAUUUUAAGUGCUGAAGUUAUGUUUUUCAAAUUAGUGCCGAUUAGUAAUGUGCUAGAAGGGAAAUCACAUCCUGUUUAAAACAGUAAUGCUGAUGUGAAAGUAUGAUUUGGAAUGGCUGGUGUUUGCCAGGGGCUGUGAAAGCUAAAGGGGUCCUUGCUUCUUGUAUCACAUGAAGGAAAUCAGGAACCCCCUCCCCCCUCAAAAAUAAUUAAGCAGGGGCAGUUGAGUCAGUCAGGAGAGCCUCCUGACUGCAGCUCUACCUCCCUCUCCCCCUCCCCCAGCCAUUCAUUUUCCUCUGAGUAAAGGGCGACUUAGAACCAGGAAGCUGCCUGCCCUGUCAUGUUCAGGAACUGCUGGCAGCUCUGAAAUACUUAUCUCCCAGGUGGGACCGGAGCCAUGGCUGUGGAGCAGUCCGGUGUUUUCUUUAGAGGUAGCGUGUUGAGGGCAAUUCUCCAUGAAUGUACGUCACCAUGAUGAUGACCGACCAGAUCCCCCUGGAACUGCCACCCCUGCUCAAUGGGGAGGUGGCCAUGAUGCCCCACUUGGUGAACGGAGAAGCAGCUCAGCAGGUCAUUCUUGUCCAAGUCAACCCAGGUGAGACCUUUACAAUCAGAGCCGAGGAUGGGACACUUCAGUGCAUCCAAGGACCUGCCGAAGUCCCCAUGAUGUCACCCAAUGGGUCCAUCCCUCCUAUCCAUGUGCCCCCAGGUUACAUCUCACAGGUGAUUGAAGACAGCACCGGAGUCCGCCGGGUGGUGGUCACACCGCAGUCUCCCGAGUGUUACCCACCGAGCUACCCCUCAGCCAUGUCUCCAACCCAUCACCUGCCCCCUUAUCUGACCCACCAUCCACACUUCAUCCAGAACUCGCACACCGCCUACUACCCGCCUGUCACCGUGCCUGGAGAUAUGCCACCCCAGUUUUUCCCCCAGCCUCACCUUCCUCCCACAAUAUAUAGUGAGCAAGAAAUCAUCCCUCUGUAUGGAAUGUCGAGCUACAUCACCCGAGAAGACCAGUACAGCAAACCACCACACAAGAAACUGAAGGACCGCCAGAUUGACCGCCAGAAUCGCCUCAACAGCCCGCCUUCCACCAUCUACAAGAACAGCUGUGCCACCAUGUACAACGGCUAUGGGAAGGGCCACAGUGGAGGCAGCAGUGGAGGUGGGGGAGGUGGCAGCGGUGGCGGACCUGGGAUCAAGAAGACAGAGCGAAGAGCAAGAAGCAGCCCCAAAUCCAGUGAUUCUGACUUGCAAGAGUAUGAGUUGGAAGUAAGGAGGGUGCAGGACAUCCUUUCGGGAAUAGAGAAACCACAGGUGUCUAAUAUCCAGGCAAGAGCAGUGGUGCUAUCUUGGGCACCCCCUGUCGGACUGCCCUGUGGACCCCAUGGUGGUCUUUCCUUCCCUUACAGCUAUGAGGUUGCUUUAUCUGACAAAGGGCGAGAUGGGAAAUACAAGAUCAUUUACAGUGGAGAAGAAUUGGAGUGUAACCUGAAAGACCUCAGGCCUGCCACGGAUUACCACGUGAGGGUAUACGCCAUGUACAAUUCUGUCAAGGGAUCCUGCUCCGAGCCAGUCAGCUUCACCACCCACAGCUGCGCACCAGAAUGUCCCUUCCCUCCCAAGCUGGCACACAGGAGCAAAAGUUCACUAACCUUGCAGUGGAAGGCUCCAAUUGACAAUGGUUCAAAAAUCACCAGCUACCUUUUAGAAUGGGAUGAGGGAAAGAGGAACAGUGGAUUCAGACAGUGUUUCUUUGGGGGCCAGAAGCACUGCAAGUUGACCAAGCUGUGUCCAGCCAUGGGCUACACAUUCAGGCUCGCUGCUCGGAAUGACAUCGGCACCAGUGGUUACAGCCAGGAGGUCGUGUGCUACACAUUGGGAAACAUCCCCCAGAUGCCUUCAGCACCCCGGCUGGUCCGAGCUGGCGUCACCUGGAUCACACUGCAGUGGAGCAGGCCGGAAGGCUGCUCGCCUGAGGAAGUGAUUACCUACACCCUGGACAUUCAGGAGGACGAGAACGAUAACCAUUUCCACCCAAGAUACACUGGAGAGGACCUAACCUGUACUGUGAAAAACCUCAAGCGCAGCACACAGUAUAAAUUCAGGCUGACUGCUUCUAAUACGGAAGGGAAGAGCUGUCCGAGUGAAGUCCUGGUUUGUACAACCAGCCCCGACAGACCUGGACCUCCCACCAGACCCCUCCUCAAAGGACCCGUCACGUCGCAUGGCUUCAGUGUCAAGUGGGAUGCUCCAAAGGACAACGGUGGCUCAGAAAUCCUGAAGUAUCUGCUGGAGAUCACGGACGGUGCUUCUGAAGCUGGUCAGUGGGAAGUGGCCUACAGUGGAUCAGCUACAGAGUAUGUCUUUACCCAUUUGAAACCAGGCACUUUGUACAAACUGCGAGCAUGCUGCAUCGGUACCGGUGGGCACAGUCAGUGCUCUGAAAGUCUCCCUGUUCGCACACUAAGCCUUGCACCAGGUCAGUGCCGACCACCGAGGGUUUUGGGUAGACCAAAGCACAAAGAAGUCCACUUAGAGUGGGAUGUGCCUGCGUCUGAAGGUGGCUGCGAGGUCUCAGAGUACAGUGUAGAAAUGACGGAACCUGAGGAGGUAGCCUCAGAGGUGUACCACGGGCCCGAGCUGGAGUGCACCGUUGGCAACCUGCUUCCCGGGACGGUGUACCGCUUCAGAGUGCGGGCUCUGAAUGACGGAGGGUAUGGUCCCUACUCUGAUGUGUCAGAGAUCACCACUGCCGCAGGACCGCCUGGGCAGUGCAGGGCACCGUGUGUUUCCUUCACGCCUGAUGGAUGCGUCCUGGUGGGUUGGGAGAGCCCUGAAAGCCCUGGUGCUGACAUCUCCGAGUUCAGGUUGGAGUGGGGAGAAGACGAGGAAUCCUUAGAACUCAUUUAUCACGGGCCAGACACCUGCUUUGAGAUCCGAGAUCUGUUGCCUGCUGCACAGUAUUGCUGCAGACUCCAGGCCUUCAAUCCAGCAGGCGCAGGGCCAUAUAGUGAGCUCGUCCACUGCCAGACACCAGCCUCUGCCCCCGACCCUGUCUCCACUCUGUGUGUCCUGGAGGAGGAGCCCCUCAGUGCCCACCUGGACUCACCCUCUGUGUGCCUUGUACUGACCUGGGAAGAGCCGUGCAGUAAUGGAUCUGAAAUCAUUGCUUACAACAUUGAUCUGGGAGACACCUGCAUUACUGUGGGCAAUACUACCACACAUGUGUUGAAGAACCUCCUUCCCGAAACUACAUACCGGAUCAGAAUUCAGGCUGUCAAUGAUAUUGGAGAUGGACCGUUUAGUCAGUUCAUCAAAGCAAAGACUCGGCCAUUACCACCCUCGCCUCCUAGGCUGGAGUGUGCUGCGUCUGGUCCUCAGAGCCUGAAGCUCAAGUGGGGAGACAGUAACUCUAAGAUACAUGCUGCUCAUGACAUGGUGUACACCCUGCAGUUGGAAGACAGGAACAAGAGGUUUAUCUCAAUCUACCGAGGACCCAGCCACACCUACAAGGUCCAGAGACUGACAGAGUUUACCUGCUACUCCUUCAGGAUCCAGGCAACCAGCGAGGCAGGGGAGGGGCCUUUCUCAGACACCUACACCUUCAGUACAACCAAAAGUGUCCCUCCCACCCUCAAAGCACCUCGAGUGACGCAGUUGGAAGGAAAUUCCUGUGAAAUCUUCUGGGAGACGGUACCACCGAUGAAGGGCGACCCUGUGAACUACGUUCUGCAGGUGUUGGUUGGAAGAGAAUCUGAAUACAAGCAGGUGUACAAGGGAGAAGAAGCCACAUUCCAAAUCUCAGGCCUGCAGAGCAACACAGAUUACAGGUUCCGCGUGUGUGCCUGCCGCCGCUGUGUGGACACGUCUCAGGAGCUCAGCGGCGCUUUCAGCCCCUCUGCGGCUUUCGUGUUACAACAGCGUGAGGUCUUGCUUACGGGGGACCUGGGAGGCAUGGACGAUGCCAAGAUGAAGGGCGUGAUGCCUACCGAUGAACAGUUUGCCGCCCUCAUUGUGCUUGGCUUCGCAACCCUGUCCAUCUUGUUUGCCUUUAUAUUACAGUACUUCCUAAUGAAGUAAAUCCAGCGACCAGAGGGAUGCGCCGAAUGCCGCACACUUUAAUACACAUUUACUCAGAGCCUCCCUUUUUACGCUGUUUCAUUCUUUGAUUUAUAUACUUUUCUUGUUUUACACAGUUAGCUAGGGGAAACAGUGUUUGGCUGCACCUAUUUGAGAUGCAAAACUAGGAAGAGGUUAAACUGGAUUUUUUUAAUAAUAAAUAAAGUAAUAAAUAAGAAGAGAAGGAAGCAGCGGGCCAGCAGCAGACACCGAGGGCCAAUUUUCCAGCUUCCAGUCUGCUUCUAGUCUGUUUCCACUGAUGCCUUUUGCAAGCCUGUGAUCUUUUCGUGUGUUACAGUUCUGUCAUUUAUAUCCACGGUCAUUUCUUGGUCAUCUGUAGCUGUAAACAGAAUCACAGUGUGUGUAGUUCAGGGCUGGGGUUCCGGUGUUAUCAGAGUAUUGUCACAUGAGAACAUACAGUGUGCCUUCGGAGGAGGCCACCUAGACCAUCCUUACGUCAUUCAGUUUCGUAACUGUUAGCUCACCUAAGUCAAGCCGUGUACUCUAAUCUGAAAUGUUUUACUACGCUGUAUCCCUUAUGAUUUUAACACUAUGAGUUGCCUGUCUAAGAAAUCACAUAACCAAGUGCACCUAUAAAUGAUGGAGCAUUGUAGACUUACACGUCGGUCCAUAGCAGUAACUUUAAGAGGGCAUUGUGCAAUAGUUAGUUGUUUCCUCAUUGGCUACUUUAAGAGCUGCUUUAACCUGUCUGUCUGUCUUUGUAUAUAACUACUUCUAAUAUAAUCACUAGAGUUAUUAUAUUCUGUUAUGUCUGACCGGAAUUAUGUGACGAGAGCUCAUGGCAGUUGUGAGCUGUCUCCUUACAUGUUGGCCCAUGGUAUUUGAAAGACUUGCCUUUGGCUGUUCUUCGGGGUGUCAGUGACGUGAAUGAAGGUCAAUACAGCAUUUCAGUGCCCACAAUACUAGAGUGGCAGUGGAUAAGAAUCUGACUGAUAAAGCCCACACAAGGGAACCAUUUGCAUUUGUCCUUCUGUUUUUGGGGCUUGAUCUGGCCGCAUGUGGAGAAGGAGUGGUAACUGGCUGUGAGCAUGGGGUGAUGGAGGGCCAACUAGCCUACUAGAUUCUCUCCCUGGAUCUGUCACUAAUUUGCUUUGUGACCUCUCUGUGCCUGUUUUCUCGUGCAUGAGAAAUCAAAUCAAAUGGGGAUUCGAUACCUGUAAGUGCUACAAGGCCUUGGACCCACCGGUGCUGUGUGAGUGCGGAGAACCACUCUCAUGUAUUCACUUAGAGUCAUGAGGUAAUCAGUUCUAACCCAAAGUCAUUGGAUUCCCCAACCAAGUCCACAGUGUUCAAGUACCUCAGGGACACUUAAAGAGUUGGAGGUGCAACUGUAUUCCAAAAGGGUGCAGCAGACACAGCCGAGCCCCUCUUCCUGGUGUUCUGUAUAUUUUUGCUCCUUGGUUUUUCUUGAUCAUAGCUGUUUUGUGCUUGGUCUGUGUUGUCUAUGAUGCAGUAAGUACCCUGUACUAGCUUAUAAUAUUCCCAUACCAAAGUCAUGGGGAAACCAACAUUAUUGUGUUUUGGGUUUAUUUAUACUAUAUUCUGCAUACAGUACUUUAAAUGCCAAUUACAGUGCAAUCUUUAUUUAUUGUAAAUUUUUUAAAUGUACUUAUGUACUAAUUUGCCCUCCUAGCAUGUUAUAUUUUGUGUGUUUUAUACUUUUGUAAUUUUAGGUCAGUUUAGUUCCUUGGCAACAUCUGUAGCUAGUAUUAGCUUUCUGACAUUUUCUUGUGUUUUUAAAGAUAAGACCAUCUAACUCAUUAAAUGCCAAAAAAAAAAAAAUCCAUUAUCAGUGAUUGAAAGGUUUACAUGUACCAAGAAACCAUAUUCAUCUCCUAGAAGAGUGCUAAGAUCAAUGCAUUGUUUCGUGCCUAUAUUGAUAUAGCUAUGUACUAGAGUUCUGUAUUUUGUUAUUGACUAUGAUAAUUAGUGUGAUUAGACUUGUACACUGAUGGUAUCAAGGUAAAUAUAUUUUUGCCAAAGCUCUGGCCUUCGGAAGCUCUUCCUUUCAUCCAAGUGUGUCGUUCAACCCACUGUGACGUCAUAUCCACAUUCCCUGAGACGGUCGCAA